AUGGCGAGCGCAGCCGAGGAGGAGCAGGCCAUAGACGGAAUGUACCGCAAUGAGUUUAUUUCUCCGGCACCAUACGAUGUCUCUAACCUCAUCCAAGAUGGGUUGGUGAUAGCAAGUGCCUGCCUUGCAUAUCGCGCAGAACAAAUGCAUUGGAAAGUGGAUCACCAAACUGUAACCGAACAAGAGCGACAUGUCGAGUGGUCUUAA